AUGUUGGAAGGAAAAGCAAUGGUGGAAGAUUCAGAUAUGCCAGUGAAGAUGCAGGUUCAAGCCAUGGCUUUUGCUUCUCAAGCUCUUGAUCUCUUUGAUGUCAUUGACUGUAAAUCUAUUGCUGGUCACAUCAAGAAGGAGUUUGAUGAGAGAUAUGGGAGUGGAUGGCAAUGUGUGGUGGGAUCAAAUUUUGGGUGUUUCUUCACACAUUCUAAAGGGACAUUCGUCUAUUUUCAAUUGGAGACACUCAAGUUCCUAAUUUUCAAAGGCGCUUCUACUCCUUAA